UGUGUUCAUGCGCCCUGAGGCGGGGGAGGAGGGGAACACACUUUAAGAGGAAGCUCACAGAAGAUGUUGCAAGAAAGGGACUUCUUUUUAAAUUUUAUUUAUUUAUUUAUUUUUGUGUGUGUUGGAUGCAGUUUGAUUUUUCCUCUCAUAAAAUCCACUGUGGGCGCUGAGGAUGGAUUGGCCGGGAAGGAGCUGCUCUGGGUGUGUCUGUGUGAAGUCACCAUAAGGAGUUUAUUGGAGUAACUGAAGGAAAGUAAAGAUCUGAAGAUGACGGGCCAGGCGACGGAGGGAGAUCGGUCACCCCACAAUCUGUCAGUGAAGACCUCCUUGGACGAGGAGAUCGAGAGAGCUGAGAGUAUUCUUAGCAGGGUGCCGUCUGUCUGCGAUGACACAUCCUCAGAGCUGCAGAGAGUCGCUGCUCUCGACCCUCACGGAGGCAAUUCCAGAAAUUCUUUUCAAAGGAGCGGAGCUAUCUCAAGACUGGUGAGCCUGGUGGUGAGACUGAGGGAAUGGGCACACAGGAGCCUGCUGGAGGAGGAGGAGCGGCCAGACUCCUUCCUGGAACGCUUUCGUGGCCCUGAGCUGAGAAUGGCCCCUAGUCGCGUCAGCAACACACAACCAGACGCCAAUGGCAACAAUGCCAAAGGGAUCUUUAAGAAAAAGUGGAAUUUGUUUGUGGUGUCCCCAUCUGAUAACGCCUACUACCGUUGGUUAUUUGUUAUCGCCAUGGCGGUGCUGUACAACUGGUUCCUCGUUGUCGCAAGGGCAUGCUUUGACAGGUUACAGGUGGGAAAUUACAUCUGCUGGCUGGUGUUGGACUACCUCUCUGACACUGUGUACAUCAUGGACACUUGCGUCCGACUUCGCACAGGGUUCCUGGAGCAAGGUUUGCUGGUGAAGGACUACGCCAAGCUGAGAGACAGCUACGUCCACACGCUGCAGUUCAAGUUGGACGUGUUGUCCAUCCUGCCCACCGACCUGGCCUACAUCUUCACCGGCAUCCACACACCAGAGCUCAGGUUCAACCGCCUGCUGCGCUUCCCACGCAUGUUUGAAUUCUUUGACCGCACAGAGACACGCACCAACUACCCCAACAUCUUCCGCAUCUGCAACUUGGUGCUCUACAUCCUGGUCAUUAUUCACUGGAAUGCCUGCAUCUACUACGCUAUAUCCAAGUCUCUGGGACUUGGCUCGGACUCUUGGGUGUUCCCAAACGUCUCCAAACCGGAGUAUUCUUCCUUGUCUCGGAGUUACAUCUACUGUCUAUACUGGUCGACUCUUACUCUCACCACCAUUGGAGAGAUGCCUGCACCUGUGCGGGAUGAAGAGUACCUCUUUGUGGUCUUUGACUUUCUUGUUGGGGUGCUGAUCUUUGCCACAAUCGUGGGAAACGUUGGCUCCAUGAUUUCCAACAUGAACGCUACCCGUGCUGAGUUUCAAGCCCGGAUCGAUGCCAUCAAGCACUACAUGCACUUCCGCAAAGUCAGCAAAGAACUGGAGACCCGUGUCAUUAAAUGGUUUGACUACCUCUGGACCAACAAGAAGGCAGUAGACGAACAGGAGGUGCUAAAGAACUUGCCAAACAAACUGCGGGCCGAGAUCGCUAUUAAUGUCCACCUGGAGACUCUGAAGAAAGUGCGCAUUUUUCAAGACUGUGAGGCAGGACUGCUGGUGGAGCUCGUGCUCAAACUACGGCCGCAGGUCUUCAGUCCAGGGGACUAUAUCUGCAGAAAAGGGGACAUAGGUAAGGAGAUGUAUAUCAUUAAGGAGGGGAAGCUGGCUGUGGUGGCUGAUGACGGGGUCACACAGUACGCUCUCCUCACUGCUGGAAGCUGCUUCGGGGAAAUCAGCAUUCUGAACAUAAAGGGCAGUAAGAUGGGAAAUCGUCGGACAGCCAACAUUCGCAGCCUGGGUUACUCUGAUCUCUUCUGCCUCUCCAAGGACGACUUGAUGGAGGCAGUGACCGAGUACCCAGAUGCUAAGACUGUGCUGGAGGAGCGGGGCCGGGAGAUCCUGAUGAAGGAGGGUCUGCUGGACGAGAGCAUGGAGAGCGGUGGGCUGCAGAAAGAGGACACAGAGGAGAAGGUGGAGAGGCUGGAGUCCUCUCUGGACACACUUCAGACUCGCUUCGCCCGUCUGCUCAGCGAAUACACACACACCCAGCAACGGCUGAAGCAGCGCAUCACUCUGCUGGAGAGGCAGCUGAACCACACGGACUGCGGCGCAGACGCAAACCAUGACAAAGAUGCACAUGCAGAGACGGGCAAUGAAACAGACCCUGUGCCUGUUGCUCAGAACGAUGGGUCUCCACAUCGGAAUAAUGUGCAAAUAGAGGACACGAAGAGCCCAACAAAAGGACAGUAACUGUGUCACAGAGGAGAUUUUAGAUUUUCUGAUUCAUUAAGACCCUUUUUAACUCCCAUUGUGAGAAUGUUUUAUCAGUUUAGUGAAUGUAAAGAGAUGUCUGCAUGUCAAUAAACAUGAAAAGUAAGCUUUGAAUUCUCGGCUGUGCCAAAACCAGUGAGUUGAAUGUGUUCAAACGGUGGCUUUAAAGUUACUUCCCAGAAUAUACUAAAUCAAUAUGUUGAAUUCUUAAUGAUGAGAGCAAAAAUAAAAGCUAGAGUACAUUUAAAAGCUGCCGAUCAAAUUUAAAUAAUUUCAAACUAAAAAGCACUGAAAACUGACAUUUGUUAUAGUUUUUGGGUCACUUGAAAACAUCUCUGUUGCAUCAGUGGAGGGAUUCAGUUCUCCUGACAUAUACUGUGCUCUGGUAUAUGUACGCCUUGUCUCUUGCUGCCCCUCCUGGGAAAAAAGUCCAAGGAGAGAUGGUAGAGGGUGAUUUACUCAGUUCAUGUACACAAACACAAUUAUUUUCCAGUGUCUUCACUUUCCAGGUUAGGUCUGAAUCAGACGUACUAUGAUGGCUAUCAUAAGAAUCUUAUGACAUUUUCUUCCCCACUUUGGUUUUUGUGAGUCGUUUGAGGAGAGUUCUCACAUUGAAAAUGAUUUUUAGCCCUCGCAAAGUGACUCACUCGCAAUUUGCCGUCGUUUCUAUUGUCUCAGCUGCAAAUGAGCUCCAAUUUUGUGAGAUGUUUAUUUGCUAUUAAAUUUACUUUGCCAGUCUUGUAUUAAA